AUGCUUUAAAUGAAUAAUUUUGUCAACUCUAAAUCUAGUUAAUAAGAAAGAAGCUUUAUGUUAAGAGAACCUUCUAAAUGCCGUGUAGAAGGUACUCUUUGCAGGAGUUAUUGGGAUUGCUGCAAAGGUUUAGUAUGCUAAAUAGAUAAUCCUCAUGUUUAUAAUCCUGAAGGCUUUUGUAAUAGAUAAGUAGAUGAUUCAAAAGAUAUAAAAGAAAAAUUAUACAAACUGUUCUAUUUUAGAGUAAUUUGUAAAAUCAAUUUGAAAUAUUAGAAUAGAAAAUUAAAAGAAUAAAAUGAUGAAAUUAAAUUUGGAUUACUAAACGAAAAAUAACAAUUUUAUUUAACAAACAAGAAAAAAAAAAUGAAUAUCUAAAAAUUAAUCGCAUUUAUUCUAUUUGGAGUCAUCCUUAUCUCUUCAUCUGUUUAUCUAGUCUCUAAAUCUAGUCAUUAAGAAUAAGUCUCUAUGUUAACAGAAGAUGAAGAAUGCAGCCCAAUAGGUGAUUUUUGCAGACAUUCAAGCUUUUGUUGUAAAGGUUUGAAAUGCUAAUACGAAGACCCCAACGCAUGGAACCCUAGUGGUUAUUGUGUAAAAUGGUGA